AAUGCAAUUGUCUUUUGCAGGUAUUCUCAAAUAAAACAAAACCGCUUUACGAUUAUUCGUCAUAUUCUGUUUUUUUCCCGGCUUGAUGUUUGUCAUACUAUUUCGUUAGUCAUUUUCGCUGGUGAAAUGUCACACGCGUCGGAUGCUACACCUUUCUCGAUUGACAAUAUUCUGGGAACCGAACUUUCGGAAAGUCAUGAAAAGUAUUACCACCAGCGAGCAAAGAAGCUAAGAAAAAACAACUUGAUGUAUGGCAGACGCACAUUCACAAGUGUUGAAUCUGAGACAUUAAACGAAGAACAGAAAUUUUUUCACCAGAGGGAGAAUUAUUAUAUCGGUCGAAAUUCAACAUUCUGUGAUGAUGAUCCGCAUUCUCCCAAUUAUGAUGCCAUUGAGCGAGAGAUUGCAAAGCGCAAACAUGAAUUUUUGCGAAAUUAUUCUUUCUCCCCAUAUUCACUUGCCGGCGGGGUAGGUCUAUCAAAAUCAAAUAUCAAAAGUUCUCACCCGAAAUAUAUGACGUCUCACCAGGUACAGCAAGCUGAUAAAGCAGACAUCGCCAAAGAGAACGGAGCGACACGAGAAAAUCUGAAACCGCCGUCCUGUUCAGUCGGCGGCAUAACGGUCACGUUGGAGAACUCCGAACUUUGGCAGACAUUCAACAAGUGCGGAACUGAGAUGAUUCUAAAUCGGUCUGGAAGGCGAAUGUUUCCAUACGUGAGCGUUCGAGUUGAGGGCAUGGACCCAGCGGCUUGUUACUCCGUCAAAAUUGACAUUCGCAGCGAAGACGACAGGCGAUACAAGUUUAUAAAUUCUAAAUGGAUCCCCGUCGGGCUUGCCGAUCCUGAGAUUGCUAACACCAGUAAGCACCACGUGGACUCACCGAAUUCGGGUGCUCAUUGGAUGAAGAAUGAGAUCAGUUUUGCUAAGCUUAAGAUUACGAACAACAAAGAAACAAAAGCAGCUAAGCAAGUCCUUCUUCAUUCAAUGCAUAAAUACAAACCAUGUAUCGUAGUAACCAAGGAACCAAAGAAAGAUAACACCGCUUUAAGUGAAGCCCUUCACUUUUCAUUUGACAUGACGAGUUUCAUCGCAGUGACAGCCUACCAGAAUGAGAACAUCACACAGUUGAAAAUACACAACAACCCAUUCGCUAAGGCUUUCCGUGAUACCGACGUCACUGCAAUUAUCGAGGGCGCUUGCAUGUUAACCGGUAGUCCAUCUGCAGCAUUCAAAGCACUGUACGGAAAUGAACAAGAUUUAUCAUUUAGAAGUUCAAUGCCGUUACAUAAUAUGCCGCCAAAUGGGACCCGAAUAAAUGAAAAUAAGCUGAGACGAAUCGGUGCUGAACGUUACUAUCAUGACCAACGCGCUAAGAUGUGGCAAGAAAAGUCGCACCAGAUAUAUCCAAGUCACCGCGACGACUGCUACAAUUCGAUCUACAAUUAUCCCGAUUAUUUUGCCAGUCAUCAAAAAAUACCGUUUCACCAACAUUCAUACAACACAAGUCCCUUUAUUCCACCCGGAUUGCGGUCGAUACCUAUACACGCAAGUACACCUUAUGAGUCAGAUUUCUACCACAACCAUUGGAACCAUAACAGGGUUAAGAGGUUUAACCAGGAGAUUGGUGAGUGGUUUGACCUGAACAGGUCGAAUUCAAAACUAACAACUGCUGGGGAACAGUUAGUAAAAUCGGAGACAUUUGACGAACAAUGUGAAAAGGGAGUUCAACCGAAACCGAACAAGGAACGCACAGAGAAUGCGGUUUCCGAAACAAAAUAUGCCGAAAAUAACGCAAACGAGGGACAGGAUGAAGACAAUCUAAAACUAAGUUAUUCGGAUUCUGAUUUGGAUGAUAGGCCUACCUUGGUGCAAAAUUCUAUGGUACGAGACGGCACUCACAUGCUUCGUGUUCCUACUUUUCCUGCUGGGAUUCCAGGGAAAAGUUGCAAACGCUUCCCAAAUUACAACCCCCAAAUGCCCCUGGAUUUGGUAAAACGGAAAAAACUAAGGACAAAGUUAAACGAUGACCAAAUUGAUAACACUCAUUUUCUUCUCUCAGAAUCUCAUCCUAUGUAAAAUUUAAUAUGAAUGUACAUAAUCAAGACCCCUAUAUUAUAUUUAUCUUCUAUCCAUUCAUCCAAUUGUCCAUCCACCCAUCUAUCUGUUUAUAUCCAUCUAUCUAUCUAUCUUUCAUCCUCGUGCCUAUAGUGACUUGCAGAGCUUUCACCGAAUUUUCUCCAUCUUCGUCGAUUGUUAACCACUUAUUUAAAUUCUUUCCAACUCUUCCGUCUGACCUCCACCAAUUUCUUUUCUUCUCAGUCAUUAUAGGUGCUACAGUAUGUAGCCUUACUACUUUUCGUUCCUUUGGACUUCAUCGUUUUCUAGGGAUUUCAUUUGAUUCCUAUCUCAUAUACAGUAUGGCUAAUCCAGUUCCACGUCCUUUAUUUUUUUCACUCUUGUCUCACCGGUAUGUCACAUUUCAUGUAUUUUGGUUUUGGUGAAAUGAAAAUACUAAUAAUGCAAGCGUCACAUUCAAGUGAAUAUUAACUUGCAUAUGCAAAAAUAGUAUGAUACUAUUAAAUCAAUUGAAAGGGCAGUUUAAGUCCAGAAACCUAAUACAUAAACGUGUCGCUACGGUACGCUGCUAUGGUUACUUGCUGAAUUAAAGAGUGUCAAUUUGGACAUGGGGUGUCAAACUGCAUUUGCCACUUUGAAAAGUGCAAUAUAUUGACCUGUCCAGAGGUUAAUACGUACCGGUAGUCGAUACUGAUGAGAACGAUAUUAAAGCAAGUUUGCAAAUAGGCCUAAAAGAAAAGUUCAUGGAACUAUGCGAUAAAGAGCGCUUGUGCGCCGACAAGGAUAUCAGCUUUUUGGUUGUUUAAUUAAAUACUGUAUUGCUCAUGGAGAAAAUAUAUUUCUAAAUGGUAUUGUUAUAGUAUUUUUGAUCUUGUGUCUUAAUUACUUGACCUUAGCGAUUGCUGCGCCAUAUACAAUAGUCAAACACCUUCUACGUGACAUGGUUAUGCUCCUGCCUUUAUUUCUCACUGGGAGUGUAUUCUUAAGGCACUUGUUAUAUAAGCCUACCGGUAUUUUUUUUAAAGAAUCGAUUUAAUAAUUUAUAAAUAUUUUUGUGACAGUGCACUUAUCGGUCUGUCUAUAUGGUGACAGCUCGUGAAACUCACAGCCUCAUCCAACUCCUCGCUAGACCGGUUGGUAUUGUUAAUAAAAAUGGUUUUAGAAGCAAAAAGGUUUUCUUUUUCCAAAUAUUAACCAAUGCGCUGUCCAUAGUUAAAAUCACUUGUAUCUCCUCCAUAAUGAUCAGUGUAGCUUUUUCAUGGGUUUGUGUAAAGACUCCUCUGUAGUUCACAAUGUUCAUUUCGUGUAAGGUUGUCAGUGGCCUGAUGAAAUAAAAAGCCAGAUAUCCUCAGUGACGGAUCCAUGAAGCUGUUAAGUUUGAGGGAUAUGUUUUGGCUACUGCCAGUUAUGGUGGUGCUCCACUUAUGCCAGAUCAUUGUCAGUGAUCGCAUCUACAGUAUUAAGAUUUUUUAUAUGUUUCUUGCACAAGUCAAUAGCUGUACGCCUAGUUCCAAUUAUACCGGUAAUAAGAAUUACUUGGUACUGAAAUGUUUGUUUAUAAUAGCUAUGUAUACAAUUUUCUAUGUUUACUGCUGUUGUGUGGUAGUUUUUAAUUCGUUACUUUGAUCAAGUUUUAUGAAAGUAAUGUGGAGUUUGUGGGGUCUUCCUUAUUUUGGUAUACUGUGUUGUAAUGCUAGUACGUAUGGAACAAUACAUAUUUAAGAAUACAAGAUUUGUUAUUACGUACCACGAUUAUUCUGAGGAGGUCACAAAAAGAUAUAAUUUAUAGAACAGUAAUUUACACACAUGGUUUGAUAUACUAUACAGUUCACUUGUUCCACCAUCCUAUUGACUUAUUGCAUCAAUUCAUAUUUAUUUAGAGGUCUACUCCAACUGAUCUUGAAUUAGCCCAACUUAUGCGUAUAUUCACCAAACAACAAUUAUUCCAAGGUUUAUGAUUCGGUGGCUUGAUCACAUGCUACGACUUCCUGAAGAAGAUGCAACAUGUCAAAAGACAAAGUAGAGUGAAAGCAAAAGAAAAUUCUAAAAUAAGUGGAAGUAAAACAUUACGUAUGUGCCAACAAGCAACUGAGAACUCAGUCACUCCAUCAGAAUUUACAGGGAUACUGAAAUCCAAAGGAAGAAUAGAUUGGAGAAAAACAUUUACAGAGAAAAUGUAUUUUUCAAAAGCAUAAUAAUAAUGAUAUUUCACAAAAUAAGGAAUGUCUUAUAUUAUUUUUGUAACAUUCACCACUGUUCUGGAAUAAAUUAUUACUCAUAGGCAUAAUACUUUUAAACUGAAAAUAGUGGAAUACCCCUGUUUUUUUUUUUAUUUACGUGGAAGGUAGGAAUGAGUAGCUAUUUGCCGACAAUGGAUGUCUGUAGUGGGCCCUAUUUUGUUUUGGCAAUUUAUGUUAAUAAUUUGAGAAGUAUCAGUGAAUAAAAGUGAUACCUUUCACCACUGAUAUCGUAUUUAUUAUCCGCAAAAAUGAUUUAUGAUUUAGUACUUUUAACGAUGGGUGACAAAACAAAAUAUUGUGACAGGUUCAUGCACAUACUAAUCAUUAAACACAUCAAGUAAUAUACGUAGACUAAAGUUAAAAAUUAUAAUUUAUAACUUCAAAAUUAAAUUUCCAUGUAACUCUGUAAACUCUAGUCUCACGAGUGAAUCAUGGAACUUUUUAGAUGAACCAGUUACCAAAACUGUAUCUCAGAAGAAAAACCCACAAAUCCAUUAGUAUUAUUAGAAUUAAUAUAUUUCUCUUAUCAACACCUUUUUAUUUCUAAUCUAAUAAUGUUAUGACGAUAUUCGGGCCGCCUUUUUUUCACCUGAUUUUGUUUUGAUUUUGAUUAAACGACAGUAAUGUGCCGCCAGAGAAUUUAAGUUUAUUCACCAUAUAUAAAAACAUUCGGGAAUUUUUUUAAACAUCUCAAUAUUUUAACAUUACUAAAUAUCUAUAACGGACAGGUUCCUAAGUUUAUGUAUAAUUUGUUAGAAAUAAACUUCUUUUAAUUCUAUGAAAGAAAUGCUAUUUUAAUGUUUUUAAAAUCUUACAAAUAUAUUUAAGAACAUCUUGGUUAAACGUUCCGUUUUACUGAUAUUAUUUUCUUUUAAUAUAUUGCUAAACAAAAAAUCUACAAAAAUGCUCUCAAAAUAUAUGUUGAUUGUUUAAAGAAUAACUUUAGAAGUCUUAGAUAAAAAAAAAAAAGUUUUUCAAUGAUAUACAGACGCUUUAUCCCAUAACUAUACUUCAUGCAAGAAGUCUCUACAGAAGACAAUGAUGACGUUAUAUAAACAUCCUUCCACUUUGAAGAAACUGUUUCUUGUUCCUAUUUUCAGUAGACUUAUUUAAUAUACAGUACAAAUUGAGCAAUUCAAUUUUGGUAUUUUCAACAGAGGGCCUAUGUUUAAUUUAGGUGGAGUAGAGAAUGCUGUAACUAUGCUGUAUAUAAAGAUGUUUUACUUAUUUAUACGCAAGUUAUACAUUGCUGAACCUUCCAAUUGUUUACUCAUUAUCAUAAAUUUUAUUUUCUGUAUGUAUUAAAUUAUUUUACCUGUGUAGUGUACAUAAGGGACAACUGCCACAUUCCUUGGCUUCUAUGCCAUUCCCACAACUAUGUUUCAUGUAUCCUAACAUUAAUUAAAUGUGUUGAAUUGAAAACAUUCCUUGUAGUUUUUCUUGUUUUUUGCUCCUUAAUGUUGUUACACAAGAAGUUGGAAUUUUAAGACCAUUACUGUACUACGAAUUUCUAGACUUCCAGGGGUUAAAUAUAAAUAUAUGAUUUGAGAGUACAGUAUAUAGAAUUACUCUUUGAUACUAAAACAAUUGUACAGUAAAACUAGGGCUGUAACUCAAUAGAGUGCAUACCCCCGUCUGUCCAUGAAUACCGAAUAAUAUAGGGAAAAAACAAAUUCUCUUCAUUCUAGGUAACAGCUGAACAUUUACUAAUUUGUAUAUAACAAACUACAGAAAGUGUACACUCUAGAGGUCAAGCAAUGCCAAAGUGUGUGAAUAACAAUGUUGGUACUAUCUUUCGGAUCACCCGCCGUAUGGUACUGUAAAAUAAUAGUACGGUACGGAGGUGUGGAAAUGCCAUAAUCAAACGCAGUUACAAGAAGUCUCACUUCUAUUUCUUGAAAUUAAAUAUUUUAUUCAUCACCUUAGAUUUUAAAAUGUAAAAUUAAUGUAAAUGUUUUCUUAGUAUUUUCUUUACAAUUGAGCAAAAUAAUAAUAUAAUAAUGUUAAAUUUGAUAUAGCGCAAAAUACUGGACGCCUCUAAGCGCUUAACAAUCAACAAAAGGGUUGAAAAGACUUUAAGUUAAACAAUUUAAUGGUGAAAGUGCAAAUCGAAAAAGUGGGUUUUAAGGAGCAUCCCACAUCAUACUGUUGAUGGGUCAACAUAUUUUUCUAUCUUUGUUGAAAUGUAACUAUUCAGUAUUCUCCUUCUUUUGAUUGGUUGUGACUGUAGUCUCAAUUGGAUACUACAUCAGCUGGUCUUUAUAUCACGAAAGUAAAACAUGUCUACUUAACUAUGAUUAUCAUGAGAAAAUAUUGAGUUAAGCAACGUAAAUGACCGAACAUCAUAAGCCCCACUGUCUAAAACGCUUGUGAUAGAUAUUUUUUUCUAUUUUAAAUAAAUGUUGGGGCAGUUUUUCAAGAGUAUAUAUUACUCAACAUGCCUUUAUGUUUUGUAGAAUCAGGACAAUAUUAAACAACUUAUUUCUCACAGAUUAAUAAUGCUAAAAUUGCAGUCUUAUAGCAGAAAAGCCUAUGUACAACACACAGUAAAAUUUUAACAAUUCAGUAUCAGCAACACUUUCAAAUAAGCACUACAUUUGAAAAAGUGCUGCACUGAAACUUACAGAAAGUGUUAUCCAGGUCUCCCUCUAAUUAAAGACCACCUCCAAUUAAAGACUACUUUUCUCAGUUCCCAACUUAACAAAUGUUUUUUAUCUUUAUUAUUCAAAUUAGAGACCAAAGCGGCUAUACCAUGGAAAUCCCAGUCCCUGAAGUGGUUUUAGUUAGAGGGAGACUUGUAUAUAAUCACCAUGGUACUUAUUUGAUAAUAGAGUAAUCUGUUUUCUUUCUCCUGACCAACAUUUUACUUGGAAUAGUUGGUUUAUGGCAGACACCCAGAAUGUUACUGCUAUUAAUGGAGCUGUAAUGUAGUGGUGGCUCCAGAAAAAGUGGGUCCGACAUGUCCGACACCGUGAUCUGAACCAAGGGGCUGACUAGAACCUCAGUCAGGGUCCCGGAAUAAAAAAUCCUGGUUGGGCUAAUGGGUAGAGUUUUUAUGACUUAGUAUGGCCCAAAAAUGUGCUUUAAGACCACAAUAUUUGGGAAUGGCAAUAAAAAUAAUGAUAGUUGGAUAAGGAAAUUAACAUUUUUGGUCAACGACCUCGUUGUGGUGUAGGACGAUGGGGGAGGUUCCAGGCCCCCCACCCCUUACUGGUGCCCCCACUGGUUCAUGCCAGCUUUAGAUGAAUUAUUCUCACACUGAUGACAUGUGCCUGCCUGAUUAUACUUUCUAUCCUCAUCUUUAAUGUUAAAUAACAUCAGGCUAUUACCCCAUAAGUAAGAAAAAAAAAA